AUGAUUACAGCGUUAGACUGUAUUGAAAAACUUUUUUCAUAUAAUUAUCUGAUAGAAACCAAUGGAAUCUAUAUAUCAGAAAACGUGGAUGAUAUUGAUGAUUCUUCAAAAGACGCUCAAGACGAAAACAAAAAGCCACUGGUUGACCGAGCAAUUGAUACUGUUUGUGAUUGUUUUGUAGGUGAAAAUACUGAUGAGAAAGCACUUUUAGCUGCUGUUUCAUCAACAAAAACUCCUAUUCACCAAUCCUCACUUCUUAAAUCAAUUCGUUUUUCUUAUAAUAUAUUUUUACUCUCGCGAAAUUCUGUUAAUCAAACAAUUGCACAAGGAACAUUAACCCAAAUGGUUAAUCAAGUAUUUAGUCGCAUCAGAGUGAAUGCUGACGAAAAUAUUGAAUCACCUUUAGAGAAAAGAAAAAAUAUAGAUUUUAGAAAUAAUAAUUAUAACUCAAUAGAAAUUGACAGAUCAAGUGAGAAUGAGGUCGAUUUAGGAAUUGGUAAGAGCCAAAAUUUAAAUGAACAUAAUGACAAUGAUAAUGAGAAAGAUGCUCAAGAGUUAAAUGGUAAACGCGAUACACGAGAUAGUUUUGAGGAAGCUGCUACAUUCACUGGAACUACAGUUGACUUAGAAAGCUCUGAUGCACUGGAAUUUGGACAAUGGAAUGAAUCUCACGAAACUAGCGAAGAACUUGUGAAAGCUGUUGAAGAAGAAAUGGUGAAUUUUAAAGGCCCAGAAGAAUUUUCGGCAGAAGCAAAAAUAUUAUCAGAUUCUGAGAAUCAACAAUCAUCUGAUACUGUGGCCACCCUCGACCAAGCUAAUACAGUUAAUCGGGAUGAUUUAUAUGUUAAAGAUGCUUUUCUCGUGUUUCGUGCUUUAUGCAAAUUAUCUAUGAAACCCAUGUCUGCUGAAGCAUCAAAAGAUUUAAAAUCUCCUCCAAUGCGAUCAAAGCUUUUAAUUGUAAAUAUUGUUUCAAAAAUUACCACAACAUACACUACAAUAAAUUCAUCGUCUGGUGGAUCGUCUUCCACCAAUUCUGAGAAAGAUAAAGAUCCUAAUUCAUCCGCUACAUCGCUUCCUAGUACAUCAACGCAAUCUACAAAUGUUAUUCCACCAUCUCUUGAUACAAAAUCAAUAACUACUAAUACUACAUCACAAUCCCACCCAAAUCUCCCUGCCGAACUUGCAUUAAAAUAUCAGGGACUUGAGUGUCUUGUUUCGAUUUUACGUUCUCUUGUUGCUUGGUGUAGUAAUAAAUCAUCUGUGGAAGGCAUUUAUUAUGAUAAAGAUGAAUCAACCAGAAAAAGUGAAGAAACUGUUACUGAGUUAGCAUUAUCUCAAAAUUCGGCUACGAUACAAAAUACAAGCAAGUCGUCACCAUCAUCUUCUACAAUGUCAGUAUCCGGUUCAUUUUUUAAUGCAUCAUCUGACAUAAAAAGUGCAGUUCCAAAAGCUAUGGAUGAUCCAGAGCAAUUUGAAAACCUGAAGCACCGAAAACAAGUGCUUCAAGAUGGUAUCAAAACGUUUAAUUUCAAACCAAAAAGGCCUUUGGAUCUAGCAAAAUUUUUGUUAAAUACGGAAGGAUUAAACAAGACCAUGAUUGGCGAAUAUUUGGAAAAUAUUGCAACGAUGCACGCGUUUGUUGAUUUAAUGGAUUUUUCAAAUAUGAAUUUUGUCGAUGCUUUACGGCAGUUUUUACAAUCUUUCCGUUUACCUGGUGAAGCUCAAAAAAUUGAUAGAUUUAUGUUAAAAUUUGCUGAACGAUAUGUAGAUGGAAACCCAACACAAUUUGCUAACGCAGGCGGAAUUGGUAUUGCAAAUUUUGGUAGCGCUAUUGUUAAUGUUAGAAGAGAUUUCAAAAGAGAAGCAUAUCAAGCUGCUUCCCAAGAGAUGGCAAAUAAAACUGAGGCUAUGCUGAGAGCACAACGUCGUGGUAUUUAUACCUCAAAUACGACUUUUUACAGUGCUUCUCAUUUUGAACAUGUUCGUCCAAUGUUUGAAGUUGCAUGGAUGCCAGUUCUUGCUGGAUUAUCAGGUCCACUUCAAGACACAGAGGAUGUUGAAACUGCGGGUCUAGCAUUGGAGGGCUUUAAACUUGCUAUUCGUAUCAUAAGCCUUUUCGAUAUGGAACUUGAACGAAAUGCUUUUGUCACUACAUUGGCAAAAUUCACGUUUUUGAACAAUCUAGGUGAAAUGAAACCUAAAAACGUAGAUGCUAUUAAGACUCUUUUAGAUAUAGCAUUAGUGGAAGGAAAUUACUUGAAAGGAUCCUGGCAAGAGGUUUUGACUUGUGUUAGUCAACUAGAGAGAUUCCAGCUAAUAAGUACUGGUGUGGAUCAAACUGUAGUACCUGACUUGCUUAAUGCCAGAAAACAACCAAGGUUAGAUUUAUUUGAAACAACUACUCCACAUAAUUUACUUAAUGAAGGACACUACUUCAUUGAUGCUGCUAACCAAUUUUCGGAAAAAUCCAAUGGGUUUACCGAAUUAUAUGCUGUUCUUAUUUAUAUUUUUGGUUUAGGUCAAAAUGGGCAUAACGUAAACGGGUUCGUUUCUGAAGUGGAUUUGAACACUCGAUCCAUGAUUGAAGAACAUUAUUCCGAACCCGAACAUACAUCAACAACCGUGACUCAUGAUGAACAAAGAACCCAAAAAUUCAAUAAGAUUAUUAUAAAGUGUCUGCUUCAACUAUUGUUAAUAGAUACUGUAAAUGAAUUUUUAAGCAAUGAUACGGUAUACGAGUCAAUUCCCGCCGUGCAUUUAUUGAUAAUUGGCGAAUGCUUAAACAAAUCAUACAGCUUUGCACAAAAAUUCAAUGAAGAUAAAGAAUUGAGAGUGGCACUCUGGAAAAUAGGUGCAUUAUAUAUUUUAUAG